AUGACUGUCGUCACUCCAGAGCACGUUGCGAUUGCGGAGUUGAUCAUUUAUAUCCCCACAGCCAUACUUACCAUUUGGGUAGUAUUGCGACAUGGAUUUCACAAGCAACUGGGGUGGAUUUACCUCAGUAUCUUCUGUGGUAUCCGAGUUGGCGGUGCCGUCAUGGAGAUCCUCAGCACAAAGAACCCCGACAACGCCAACGAUAAGGAGUGGGCUGUGAUUCUGCAAUCCGUUGGCCUUUCUCCUCUGCUUCUGUCUACAUUGGGCUUACUAAAAAGAGUUUUCGACGAGACCUCCCAGCGUGUACCAUCUGACCCGAACUCUAAGCGCAACGUGGCAAUGCAGGCCUUUUCAAACGUCGGAAUUGCUGGCAAACUCUUCGGAAUUUACAACAAAAGAGCAACUGCUACCUCCCGCCGCAGCAAGAUUGUUCAACUUCUCCAUCUUCCUGCCCUUAUCGCUUUGAUCCUCUCCAUCAGUGGCGGUACCGAUCAAGCCUCAUCCAAUGUUUCAGACCAUGCCAGCGGCAAGACCGAGACCCGUGCUGGAAUCAUCCUUUUCCUGGGUAUCUAUGUUGCCAGUUGCAUUCUCUGGGCUGUGACUCUUCGCGACACCACGCUCAUGAAUACAAGCCAGAAGCGUCUUUUCUUUGCUGUUCUCUUGGCUCUGCCUUUGAUUGCCGUGCGUCUGUUGUACAGUUUGAUCAGUGACUUCGGUAAUAACCCUCAGUUCUCUUUGAUCGACGGCGAUACAAAGAUCCAGCUUGUGAUGGCGACUAUUGAGGAGUUCAUUAUUGUUUUGAUGUACACUAUCCUGGGCGUGAUGACACCCAAGUCUACCGUCAACAUUGUUGGACCGGGGGUUUACGCAACCGAGGAUAUUGAAUAUGGUGUUCAGCAAGGAAACGGGCGUCCGACAUACGAUCAAUCUACACACGCCCAGUCAGCCGCCCAGGAAGCAUACAAUCAGCAGUAUGCUCGGCGAUGA